AUGUUGUUUCUAGCAAGCCCAUUUGCCGCACUGGCGUUACUGCUAGCAUGCAUUGGCGCCAGCGCAGAAUUGACACCCUACACUGGACCGGCACCGAUCCUCCCAGCAAAGCGUUCAACAUUCAGUUUCGGCUCCCUGACUACUGGAGGAUCAGCUGCCAAAUCAUCCGCAAUCUUCCUGGUAGAUAACAUGCCAGAUCUUCGGACAGCACUAACUCUCCCUUACCCGAGGAUUGUUUACGUCAAGGGUAACAUUACUGGCAAUCAAAUCACUUCAAAUGCAGGCAGUGGAAGCACAUAUGCCAAUUGCCAAUGGUACACCGAUAACAGUGGUGCGAAGCAAUUCAAUCUAACGAGAUAUGUGAUGAGUUUGAACACGAGCUAUAUGGAUAGUGUCAAGGCAAUUGCAGACAAGAAUGGGAAGAUCGAGGGGAUGAGUGCUGUUGAUUACCUCGCGCUGUUGAAGAAAAUGAACGGGUGGAGACCACAGGCGCAGAAUUCCCAGAAAUCCUGGGUAUCAAUAAACGUCAAGUCCGAUCUAACGCUGAUUGGCUUCGACGAAAACGCAACGUUAAAUGGAGUCAGUUUGAUCUUCAACACUGUUAACAAUGUGAUAAUCCGCAACCUGAAGUUGAUUCCGCCCAGAGAUUGUUUUCCUGCUCCCGAGGACCUAAACGUAGGCACAUCCUGGAAUGCUCGCUACGAUGCACUCUCGCUCGUCACAGCCACAAACUUCUGGAUCGAUGGCAACACCCUGCAAGAUGGCCCUACCCGAGUGGCUCCUGAUCCCUUAAUCUGGGGCUACAAAGUCGACCGCUACGACGGUCUCAUGGACUGCGAAGACGGCUCCGACAACAUCACCUUCUCGCACAACAUCGUCUCCAACCACCACAAAAGCCUCCUCCUCGGCGGCGGACUAAAGGAGCGCGAACGAGAUCUCGGCAAGAUGCGAUUUAUGUUCUUUGGAAACUGGUUCUCGAACUCAGAUUCGCGAAAUCCUCUUAUGAGAUUCGGGACUUUUUAUGUUCUGAAUAAUUUAUUUACGUAUGAGGAGCCGUCCGCCCAAGAGUACCAAACGCGCUUACAGUAUAAUAUGGGUGUUUAUACGGAGUCUUCCGUUCUGGUGGGGGGCAAUGUUUUCAGGAACAAGGCGGAGGGUAGUACGACGAGGAUCUUUUCGUUUUCGACGUUGUUGAAUAAGACGUUGCCUGCUAGGUUGUGUAUUCCUUCCUCGGAGAAACAUACGCCCAAGGGAGUCGUGGGUAUUGGCAGCGCGUUUAAUGGGAAGCCGAUUGAUCUUAAGGAAGAUGCAUUGUCGACUUUCAGACGAGCCGUGUCAGGGAGCCCCAACAGUGUGGUCGAUGGGACGUUACUGGUUGGCUGUGAAGGAUUCUCUGCGCAAGCCGUUCCCGUGGCUUUCAAGAUGACGGAUGAGGUUGAGGCAUAUGUAAGGAAGGAGGCUGGUCAAAGAGCGUCUUGGUAGUUCUGCGACUGAGUGUAC